AACAGAAAUGUGCUGCUGGUCUGUCUGCGGAAGACAGCUGAGCGCUACAAACAUCACUGUUUGAACAUCCAUCUCCAACUUACGGAAGCCUGUCCGACCCAACACACCCACAAACCUACGUGCUGCACUUCCUCUCAUCUCAUCUGAAAAGACUUUAUUUCACAUUCUUAUUUACUGGUGCUGCUUCUUAUUAUCGAGCAGGAAAAAAAAAAAAAAAGGACACGGGCAGAUAGAAAGAAACAUCCCCAAACCAAACGGAGACGGGUGAAAUGCGCGGCUGCCUGUUUGUAAGGAGGAGGGUGUCCGACGCAGAGGUGUAGUUUCUCUCCAAGAGGCGAGGAAUGCAAUCUGAGCAUCAAUGUUUCACUGGGGCAAGUGGAAGAAGAGGAUGGGAGCCAACAGUUCUUCAAAGAGACCAGUGUUCGACGAGAAGGAAGAUGUAAACUUUGACCACUUCCAGAUUUUGCGGGCUAUUGGAAAAGGGAGUUUCGGAAAGGUAUGCAUUGUGCAAAAGAGGGACACAGAGAAGAUGUACGCCAUGAAGUACAUGAACAAACAGCAGUGCAUAGAGAGAGAUGAGGUCCGAAACGUCUUUAGAGAGCUUGAGAUCCUACAGGAAAUUGAACAUGUAUUUUUAGUAAAUCUCUGGUACUCCUUCCAGGAUGAGGAGGACAUGUUCAUGGUGGUCGACCUCCUGCUCGGGGGAGACCUGCGCUACCACCUACAGCAGAAUGUCCAGUUCAGCGAGGACGCUGUCAGACUCUACCUUUGUGAGAUGACUCUGGCCCUGGACUACCUGCAGAGCCAGCACAUCAUCCACAGAGAUGUGAAGCCAGACAAUAUCCUUUUAGAUGAACAAGGUCAUGCCCACCUGACAGACUUCAACAUAGCUACCAUAAUAAAGGAUGGAGAGCGAGCCACAGCGUUGGCUGGAACCAAGCCCUACAUGGCUCCAGAGAUCUUCCAGUCAUUUGUAAGUGGAGGUACAGGCUACGCUUUUGAAGUAGACUGGUGGUCAUUGGGGGUAACUGCGUUUGAAGUGCUGCGUGGAUGGAGGCCCUAUGACAUCCAUGCCAGUAACUCAGUGGAGUCUCUGAUCCAACUCUUCAGUACAGUGAGUGUCCAGUACAGCCCAGCCUGGCCCAAAGAUCUGGUUGCUCUUUUAAGGAAGCUCCUGACGGUGAACCCAGAGCAUCGGUUUUCCAGUCUGUCUGAUAUGCAGACGUCUCCAUAUCUUGCUGCCGUCAACUGGGAUGCCGUGUAUGAUAAGAAGAUGGAACCUGGAUUUGUUCCUAAUAAAGGUCGGCUGCACUGCGACCCCACCUUUGAGCUGGAGGAGAUGAUCCUGGAGUCACGUCCGCUCCACAAGAAGAAAAAGAGGCUGGCUAAGAACCGCUCUCGAGACAACAGCAAGGAUUCACAGUCUGAGAACGACUACCUUCAGGAGUGCCUAGACGUGGUGCAGCAGGAGUUCAUGAUCUUCAACCGUGAGAGGUUGAAAAGACGCCAGGAGGAGGGUCAGUUGGAGGCAGGGAGUGACGACGCCAGUGCAGGCAGGGACGAAGAGGCGGAGCCUGGAGUCACCGACGACGACGUGCAUGAACCGGAUCCAGAGCCAGAGCCCGAUCUGGAACCAGAGUCCUCAACCAAACUGAGCAUCUGCGGCUCCGUCUGCUCGUCCCCCGGCAGCUGCUAGCCCACAUAGUGAUGGUUCUCUCUGGCCGCUGCCGUGUUUGUGCCACGCCAAUAGAUUCCCCCUCACCUCUCUCCUCUGUAGCCGGGGGCCGAGGAAACGCACAUGGAAGGGUGGGGUGAAAUGACCCAAAACGGCUCCCACGGUGUUCUUUCUCUUUUACUUUCUGUAGCAUCUUUCCGGUAAGGCAUGAAUGAAGCAGAUCCCCAGAGAGUCUCUGUGCUCAUAGAGUAAGCUCUAACUAUGCAAUGUAUCAUUAUAGCAUGACAAAUAAGGUUAUCAUUUACUAGGAGGUGUUGAUCACAAGCAGAGAGCUCCACAAGCGUGAUGACAUCCUGAACAAUAGCGACCCACCGUUUAGGGUGGGUUGUUGGUUUGGUUGAGGCACCUUCCGUUUUUCUCCAAGUCUCUGUGCCAAAUCUGAUCGGGUCGGCUGAGUGAUUUAACACACAAAGCAACUCAGUUUAUAUUAUCGUCUGUGUUUUCGCUUUACUCUUCCUCCUCAGCCUCUACUAUGAUCACGAUGAAGAAAAAGAACAACCCCUUUCAGUUCUACAGUUCUGGGUAUAGGGGUCUGCAGAGCUCCAGGGCCACAGGUGGCUCUUUGGACCUUCCACAAUGGGCUCUUAUUAAAUCGGGGAAAAUGUAUCCAUACUCUUUUUAGAAAUGUUUUUGGUUUUUCUUUAGCUUAAAACCUAAAAAUUUUAAUAAAAUGGUGUUUCUUAAGAAAUUACAAUUGUCAUAUCAAAAAUUUUAAGUUGUCUUUUUUCAAAACGUAAUGACUCUAAGCGAGUUUUAUUUAGCUGGACUGAGGGCAAAAAUGACUCUUUGAACAGUCAAGGAUGCAGAGCCCAGGAACAGGACAUGAUAAAAAUGAUCUGGUCUUAAAUCUCUCAUGUGUGCAGAAACACACAGCAGAUUUAACACUGUCAUUAUGUGUUAAAGAAAGAUGAAACCAGAAUCAAAGUACUAAGUACAGCCUGUGAUUCGUUGUCUUGUUUAACUUUGAGCAGUAAUACAUUGAAGUUGCUUUUAUUGUUGAGGAUAUUUGGUUCUUUCUUGCUUACAACAUUGCUAAAGUUCAUUGAGGAGUUAGUUUCUGCACAGCUCUUUUAAGAGCCCUUCACAGCAUUUCAAUCCAGUUUAGGUCUGGACUUUGACUGGGUCAAAUACCCAGUUUAGUUUGAGACAAGCUGUCACAUUUGACUCUAGAAAACUUUGACGUACAGAUGAGUUUAUGGUCGACUCAAUGGUCUGAUGGCUGGAAAACAUGCCCAAACCAUCAUGCCUCCACCACUAUGCUUAACAAUUGGAAAGGGUUGUUUGUGCUGAAUUGCUGUUUGUUUUUUCCAAACAGAGUGCUUUCUUGCCUUCGAAUGAAUGACCUCAAACUGUUGGAAAUGACCCUAUAACCCUUCAAAAAUUGAUAGGCAGUCACGAUCAUUUCUCUAAGAUGAUUGCUGAUGCCUUUCCACAUUGGUGUUAUGUUGACAAGCACUUGUAUGCUUCAGAGCAGCAAACUGGCUAAACCUCUGCUUUCAUAGUCGCGGACACACUGAUGAUGAUCAGUUAACCAUGCAAGUAUAAAUAAAAGCCCCUGGUUAUUCUUGAAAUUAUAUGGAAGCAAGAAGGUUGUGCUUACUUUUCCACAUACAGCAUUUCUUUUGGGGCUUGAAUUUGUUUAAUACAUAACAUAAAUGAAUAAUCUGUUUUAUGUUUUUGUAGAUUUGGGAUUAGAUUAAAAUAACUGUAGGACCUAGUAAAGACCAGAUAAUUCAUAUUAUGUCCUGAUGUAUAAAAGCCAAUAAUUAAAAAGUGGGUGUUCUCUCUUUUUUACCAUGAUUUUGUGUUAAAUUGCCUAAAUCCGUGGCAAAUCUGUUCAGUUUCCUCCUGGAGCUCCUUUCUCCCACUGCAGCAGCUUCCUAGGUCCCAGUUACAGUAAGUGUUGGUUGGUUUCAUGUUUAAACCUGUUUGAAGUUGUGCCUGUUUAUGAUAAUCAGUAUCUGUUAACCCACGGAUGCAUUAUAUGCCCCAGAUAUUAGUCUGAUUUUUCACUGUGUUAUCCGAAUUCUUUGUUUGAAGCCUUUUGAAGAUAUUAGGUAACUUAAUUUAUGGGAAAUCAGUACUAAUGACUGGAAAAGGCUUGAAUAAGCUCUAAGGAUAGAUAACAGCAUUGUCAGCCUUUAAGAAUCUAUUUCAAAGCUGCUUUACUAGACAUCAUCCUAUUAAGUGCUCAGUUAGGACAAAGAUCAUCUCCCUGUAGGGCUUAGUUCGGGGCCUAAAUGUGUAGCUGUUGGUUCCUCAGACUGUAUCACUGAGCUCGUCUGUGAUUCUCACAGCGAUGCUCGCUCAUUUAAGGUGGUCCCGUUAGCCUCGGUCUGGACGCCUGGGAACAUGUAGCAAAAGACUACCUUAAAAACCCCUCCCUGGGCAGUGUAAAUAGCAUGUAGUGUAGGUUAAUUAAACUCUCCACAGUUUUAUGUGGGACUGCUAACUAGACGUGUAAACCGAGGGAAGAGCUUUGUGAAGCCGGGGUGGGGGGGCGGCUUCAAACACUUCACUCCGCUCUUCUCUCCAAGUGUGCAGGCACAACUUGUAGGCAAAAUAUGCCAAAGCUUUUCUACCAUUUGCAUAAGCAUUUCUAAGGAACUUUACAUGUCCGAAUGUAUGUUGUAUUUUCUUUUUGUAGAACCUGAGGUUUGCUCUAUUUAAUAGUGAAGAUAUUAUUGUUUAUAGGGCAGUAACGUGGUUAUUUCAGGUGAAGUGGUGUCUUGAAUUUCUGGUGAAACAACCUGCAAUUUUCGGUGUCUUAAGAAUAGUUAAGAAGAUUGACGUUACUCUUAUGUCUGUGUGGAAAACUCUUGAAGAACAACGCUUCCUAAGACUGAAGCAGGUUUAUAGAAAGUAUACCUCAGCUUUCUGCAUGCUUUAGACCUGCGGAUGUUCUCAUCAAGUGAAAGUAGCAGCUGCCAGUCAUUGAUUAAAUCAGGAGCAUCAGGGCAUCUCUCAGAAGAUAAUAAAACAGUAACAGGACUGUCAGUUUAAAAAAAAUUACAUUUUAUAAAAACAUAUUUUUAACCUUUGUAAACCUUUCUGGAAAGGCCUACUUACCAUCACCCUAAUCUUUACCUCCAUCCACAUAUUGUCUAUCAGAUUCAAGUGUGGACUCUGGUUGGGCCACUCCAACAUGUUAAUGCAAAUUCUAGUCAAAAGCAACAUGUUGGUAAAUGUUAGAUAUCACUUUAAACUUAAAUUCUCAAGAGGUACGAAUAAUCUUGGGCUUCACUGCGUGUUGUAAUCGGCGGGAAAACACUGUUCAGUUGGGUCUGGCAUCGUUUCCAGAUCCCAGUUCUGACUUGGACAUGUGCUGAUCCAAACGGUACCACCCUUUUCAUGAAGCUGCCUUUUAAAACGGACUCUCAGUAGCUCCAGCUGUAGAGUUAAUGCACAGACGCGAGACUGGUGUGAAUCUUCUCCAAACAUUCCCAGAAUGAGGCAAAUAUCUUCCAAAAUCUGUAAUUACUUCUUUAUCCCUACACAACAGCUAGAUUUAGGAGCUUAGGUAAAGGGACAUAGGAGGCAUCUUUAAAGUCUGCCUGUGCUGACCUGAAUACUCAUCUUGAACACUGUUUUUGUUGGGGUUUUUUUCCCCCGUAUUUUGUUUGGUUUAGUUUUUGCAUGUACCUUUACAAUAUAAGCCUGAUUUAGCCAAAGCCUGGAUCUUGAGCCUGACUGGCUGCUUUUAUGCAUGCAGAAGCUUUUGGUACUCUCAUACCUCGCCGCUCACCUGAUUACUGACUGAGUAUAACUGGCCUGCGUGGCAGUGAGUUUUGUGAAAACAUGAAUUGUAUAAAAACAAUAUAAUCCUGGUGUUAUGUGGACAGCAUGUUCUCCUUAGAUGAUAUGGAGUACUUCUCUGCAUCCUCUAGGUGGUCGUUUUGUUUUCGUUCAGGGAUGCAGCUUCACGGCCUUACAGAUGAGCCAAAUGAGGUUCGCCGUGUGUGUGAUGAUCCGUUGUUGCAGUUUUAUUUGUGCAGCAAAUAAAGAGAAUUUAGACUUACCGUUUGAUCUAUAUGAAGAAUUUGCUGCAGUAUUUUAAAAAUAAUUAAUAAAAAGUUCAGAUUUGUGGAGUAGAACAUUCUCAUCAGAAUCAACAUAUGCCUGAAGUGUAGAUGUGAUCAUCCGUAAAUUAUUUGUAAAUGAAAAAACAAUUGAUUCUGACAUUUGGCUUUACGAUGCUUACCGAUCUCUAAUUGUCUUUUUGAUACGUUGAUCAUUUCUAACUGGGCUUUCUAAUGUGUUUCCUUGACUGUUUAUGUUCCGGCUGCCCUUUGACCUCAGGUUGAAGACAUUGUUGUGGUGUUUGAGCAGCAACCGCAUGUCUCUUACUCAAUCUUUUUUCUGUGUGAUGUUGUCGAGACAACCCGGUCUGUACUUUGUCUUUGCCUUGUGGAUAAAGUCUGAAACUCAGAACCCUGUAAAGAAAAACAAAGCCAAGAAGCCAGCGUGAUCCAUACCACUCAUUCCUUCACGUAACGUUCUUGUACUUCAGGAUUUCUACUGUCAACUCGGUGAAAUAAAACAGGUCCUGUACCAACUAAAAACUGCUCUGUGUUCAAAUACAUGAUGCUGCUUUGAUUGCUUUGAUAAAGAAAUAAAUCUUCUUCCAAUGA